CAGCCUGCUUUAUAAAUUUAUGGCUAGACUCACGCCGAACAACCCCAGAGCGGCCAUUUGGCUCCUUCCAGCCCGCCAUGAAGUCAUACUUGCAAUUGGGGAGUCAGAUAAGCUUGAAUAGAUCCGGAUGCAACAGACUUAUAAGACUUGAGAUGCUCUUCAAGUUUUGAAGUUGUUCCUAAGCCACGAAGAUAUUUCAAGUCUCAUAGGUCGACUCUUUGCCUAAUACUUCGAGCACGAUGUCAUCCCGAAUCAAUCUGAUAUUCGGUGCAGGUUCCUUUGGGCUUCCAGGGCCUCAUUCGAAUGGAGCGCGUAUCCAUUCAGUUGAACAGGCCCGAGAGACUAUCAGUGUUUAUGUCCAUCAUGGAUAUACCACCAUCGAUACCGCUCGUCUAUAUGGUGGUGGAACGUCUGAGGAGUUCAUUGGUCAAGUUGACAUCGCGGAAGGAUGCUACAUAGAUACCAAGGCCCUUUCAUCGAAGCCUGGCGAUUUAUCACCCAAGAAUCUUAGAGCCUCCUUGAUGGAGUCUUUGAAGGCUCUCCGCUGGCAAAAAGUGCACAUCUUCUACUUGCACUCACCUGACCGAAGCGUGCCCAUUGAAGAUACCUUACGGGCAAUCAAUGAGUUUUAUAACGAGGGUCAUUUCGAACAAUUUGGCCUGAGCAACUAUAACUCCUGGGAGGUCGCAGAAAUUAUGGGUAUCGUGAAACAAAACAAUUGGGUCAAGCCUACAGUAUACCAAGGCGGAUAUAACGCAGUGGAGCGAAACGUUGAAGUAGAGCUCAUUCCUUGUCUGCGUCAUUUUGGGAUCAAGUUCUACGCAUAUGGGCCACUGGCUGGCGGCCUUCUAGUGGGAAAGAUUCUCGAUGAAGAUAGCAUGAAAAACGCCAAGGGAGGUCGCUGGGACCCUUCCGUGUCCCACUUUGCACCUACAUUGUACGAACAAUGCGGACCACUGCUGCCAAUUCUACGUGAAUUGAAGGAACUACUGGAUGUGCACAAUAUCCGCAUGGCUGAGGCAGCUCAAAGAUGGCUGCAACACCACAGUGCCCUUCAACCUGGAGAUGCAGUUAUUCUCGGUGCAGCAUCACCCCAGCAAAUGGAGGAUAAUAUCGUGCAAUGUGAGGGAGGACCGCUUCCGGAUGAGAUCGUGAAACUGUUGGACGAGACGUGGAAAAAGGCAAAAGCUGUUGCUCCUCAUUAUGCUCUGUAAAUGUCGGACUCUGGAGUACGAAAUAAAAUGUUUCUAGGGAACGACUGAUAAUCGUUCAUCUCUAAGAUUUGUCCGGCG